UCUAAGAAUCACCCAAAAAAAAAAAAACACUUCAUACCAAUUCCAACAAAUCUUCUUAUUUCCUCCAUAUAUAUAUUUCCCUUUCUUUAAUUUUCCUCUCUUAGCUUGCAACUCUUUCCACUUUUGGAUAUUGUGGUUUUUGCUUAAGGUAACAUUUUAUUUCAUUUCUUUGCCUUUGAUAUUCUUCAAGAUGUCAACACAUUGUGUAAGCAUGAUCAAGAACUUCAACUUAUCCUUAAAGAUACAAGAAGAGGAGGCAAUUAGCAUGGAGAAACAAGGGAUAGUGUCAAUUCUUGAUAAUGUUGAUUCCACUUCUUCUUCAAAUGUAGAAAAAAAUCAUCAUGAGAAAUUGAUCAAAGAUCAACCAACUAAAACAUUUGAUAUGUGGGGUUCAAUUUUAUCUUCUUCAAAGAAUGAGGAUUCAUAUAAUAAGCUAACUCCAACUAGUCCUUAUGUCCACCCUCUUGUCCAAAGAUCAACAAGUUCUUUGAGUGAAAAAAGUCUUGAAAUUUGCACUGAGAGUCUUGGAUCAGAGACUGGCUCUGAUUGCUUUACCUCUUCACCUAAUUCUGAGCGUGAAGACUCAGACGAUGACAUAAACAAUCAUCAUCACAACCACCAUCAACAACAACAAUUUUCUUUUGUCUCAGAAACCUCUGAGGAUUGUCGAGUUUAUAAUUAUAGCAAGAGAUUGCUUUCUUCUUGUAGAUCUUUUCCUCCUUCUCUUCCUUCUAUUCACAUGCAAUCACGCAGAAAAAAUGGUAGAUUGAUUCUUGAAGCGCCUUAUGCUUCACCUAAGAAUAGUCUCCAUGCUCAACGCCUUGAUGGCCACCUUCUUCUUACCUUCAUCAAUCAAAAUGAUACCGAACUAGAAAUGAAGAAUCUUGAUGAUGAAGUUGAAGAGUUUGAGCAAGCAUUUGACGAUAUUCAAGAAGUUGAAGGUAAUGAAAGACCCCACUCAAAUAGUGGUGGUAGUGGUGAAGAAGAAAAAGAAGAUGACGACACUAUGAUAAAACAAAGUCCAAGAAUAUCAAGUGAGAUGACAAAUAUCAAUAUAUCUAACUUGACGAUCCAAGAGAAAAAGAAUCAACCAACAUGGUCCACAUGGACCGUCAACUUCAGCAUAACAUCUGAUUAUUUUAAAUUUAGCAACAGGUUCAACGGCCCAGUAGACUCAAUAAUGGAAGAGGAGAAAGAUACUAGUAACCUUAAAAAGUGUUACACUUGUCCUUCAUCGAUUUCUCAAACACUUUCUCCACGACGAGAGGUGACUGAGGUAAUCCUGACACCACCACCACCAGCUGCAACCUCAUUCAAUGCUUAUGAGUACUUUUGGAGGAAGAAACCAAAAGUGGCAAACAUUGUGAAUAAUUCCACUAAUAACAAGUACUGCUACAACAAUAAGGAAGUUGGUGUAGCAACAACAACAUUGCGAAGUUGCAAAGUGCCGAGGAAAUCUCUAAUAAUUUGGGAGCCUUAUUGCAUUGCCACCUCUUAAUGAUGGUCAUCAUUUAUCCAAAGUAUUAAUCAAAUUAUUUGAUUAUAAUAUUAUAUGAUAUAUUGUAUAUAGUCAUUACCAAUAUGAUUUUCCUCUCUUAGUUUUUACUCUCUUGUCAAAAAGGAGUUUUGUAUAGCCAAAUAAAAAGAGAGAUAAAAAAGAAAGAUUUAAUGGAGAACAAUACAACCUUUUAAUC